AAUUUCAAUUCAGUAAAUGAGAAUGGCCCCAAAGUCGUUUUUCAGCUCACUCUACUGCUCUACGCUUCACCCUCUCUCUCCUCCAUUGAAGCGCACUCCGUUUUCUCUGAUCUCUAUUGAAGUGUAUUCUGUGUUCCCCUGUUGAACUUCCUUCUCACCUUUUUCUCCUCCAUUGAAACAGCUUCUUAGAAUAUUGUUUGUAAUCAUUCAAUGUUAGGAUGGAAGUAUGACUAUGGACCUUUUCUCAUCGGACCUAGGGUGGGUUUCCCUCCUGCCUUGACUCGGGGACGGUCCGGUAAAUUAUUUAGCCCUUUCCCUAGAAUCCGCACUUUAACUGCUACAUCUGUCAAUCCUGUUCCUGCAAUUGGAGCUUCUGUUGUUCAAUUUCGAUGUGCUGUUACUCUUCGCGAACUUUGUCAAGGUCAUGUGCCUGAGCCUGUGCUCCGCAGGAUGGAUGAAAAUGGAUUUAUUCAACCAACAGAAGUGCAGCAACAAGGUCUUCCUGUACUUUUCACUGGUUGUGACUGUGUACUGCAUGCUCAGACAGGUUCUGGGAAGACCUUGACAUACCUCCUUUUAGUAUAUUCAAUAAUCAAUGCUCAAAGAUCUGCUGUUCAAGCAUUAAUUGUAGUGCCAACAAGGGAGCUUGGUAUGCAAGUUACAAAAGUUGCACGAAUGCUUGCUGCAAAGCCAUCAGAUUUUGGAUCAGAGCAGCAAAAAUCAUGCACAGUCAUGGCCCUUUUAGAUGGAGGACUGUUGAAAAGACAUAAAACUUGGCUAAAGGCAGAUCCCCCAAGCAUAGUGGUGGCUACAGUGGCAAGUUUGUGUCAGAUGCUUGAGAAACAUGUGUUAGAUCUUGGAUCAAUGAGAGUGCUGGUAAUCGAUGAGGUUGAUUUCAUGUUUAACUCCUCUAAACAAGUUAGUUCCCUGCGGAAGUUGCUCACCUCAUAUUCAUCAAGCCGUUCUCGUCAAACUGUAUUUGCCAGUGCAUCUAUUCCUCAGCAUAGACACUUUCUGUAUGAUUGUGUGCAGCAGAAAUGGACCAAGAGCAAUGUAGUCCAUGUCCAUGUAAAUGCAGUUGAACCAAUGCCUUCACGCUUGCAUCAUAGAUACAUGAUUUGUCCAAGAACUCAGAGAUUUCAAGCUAUUUUGUCGUUGCUGCAAUUCGAUUUGCCCGAGUCUGCCAUACUUUUUGUCAAUGAACAGUCUGAAAAGUCAAAAAAGGCAGGAGAUAUACCGACAACUACUCUGCUGAUUGAGCAUUUAAAAAGCUCGUGUGAUGAAUUUUCCAACAUUUCACUUCUCGAGGAAGACCAGAAUUUUAAUUCUCGAGCGGCUUCUCUCUUGGAGGUUAGAAAAAAAAAUUGCUAUCUUAUUGUGGCGACGGAUCUAGCAGCAAGGGGAGUUGACCUUCCAGAGACAACACAUAUAUACAACUUUGAUUUGCCAAAAAGUGCAGUGCACUAUCUACAUAGAGCUGGGAGGGCAGGUAGGAAACCAUUCUCAGACGACAAAUGCAUUGUAACAAGUAUUAUAGCUCCAGAGGAAUAUUUUGUCUUGCAACGUUUUGAACAUGAAUUGAAGUUUCAUUGUGAAGAGUUCUUCCUGUGAUAGCUCAAUGUAUUGUGUUUAGUCAUAUCUUGCUUUUUUUUCUUUGUAUUUUUUUUAAAAAAAAUUUCCCCCUUUUGUUGCUUGUAGUAUUCUAUAUACUUGGGUGCAAAGCGCUAUAAUAAAAUGCAUUUAAGAAAUAUUAAAGCUUUCA